AUGUCCUUUGUGGUGCGCUCGCUUCUCCCGCACAGCAUGCGCCAGAUGUGCGUGCUGGUGGCCGUGACAGCGCUACUGGCUGUUGCGCACCUGCCGACCCCCUCACGCGGCAGCGUGGAGUGGGUACUGCAGCAGGUGCAGGUGCUGCACCGCCACGGCUCGCGCUCCGCGAUACCAACCCACAACACAACGGCCAUCUGCGGCUCGACGCCGUGCGGGUUCCUGAACCCGCAGGGUGAGAUUAUGAUGCGGAACGUGGGCAGCUUCCUGCGCACACGCUACAACACGGACGCGACCGUGGUGGAUGAGCCGUUCCUGCCGUCAUUGGACUACAAUCUCACCGUUGUGGAGUCGCACUCCACGGAUGUGCAGCGCACGCUGCAGAGUGCGCAUAUGUUCCUUGCUGGGAUGUUCCCGAACGAGAGCCGGCUGAUCCCCGCCAUCCACACUGUGCCAACAUCUCAGGACACGAUGCUAAACACCUUCUCGCAGCCGUGGGUUGCGCUGUAUGUCACGUACGCAGGCGCCGCUCAGUCGGCGCGCAUGAACCCCACGAUUGACCGCUACUUUCCCGACUGGACGGAGCUCAGGGAUCUCGGUGCGGCGUUGUGGAGUGAGGGCUACUGUUCCAACUUCACGACACGCCUGAACUGCGUCAUUAUGGUGUACGAUAUCGCCACCGCCAAGCUCGCUGUGGGCGAGUUGCCAGUCGCUGUUGCCGCCCGGUACGACGACUUGCAUGAGAUUAUCGCAGAGUGUUACCGCGGGCUGUGGUACUACGACCCCAGCAACUCCUUCUCUGUGCAGCAGGGCGGGCGCGGGCAGCCGUUCCUGCAGCAGGUGGUGAGGAACAUCGAUGACUUUGUCGCUGGUCGCAACACAUACAAGGUGAUGCAUUACAGCGGUCACGACAUUUCUCUGGGAGCCGUGUGGGGCACGCUGGGCGACAAAGGUGUGCACGCGAUGCAGCCUCCCUACGCGCAGACAUUGGUGCUUGAGCUUGUGAAGAGCGCGAGCAGCGGCGAGCAUGGCGUGCGUGUGCUGCGCGGCUGGCCUGGCCAGACCUCCGAGACCGGGUUCACUUUCUCCUGGGACCCGACGUGGCAGCUGCAGUGCCAGCGCAGCAACGGGACGAACUACGCUGCGACGGACAACCUGUGCCCGCUGGAGGACUUCCGGCGCUAUGUUGCGUGGACGGUGGGAACGGACCCGCGCGGGAUGUGUCUGCUGGACGAGGAGACGUCUGCUCUGCUGGACUGCCCGACGGCUGAGGAGGAACAGACCGUUUCCGUGGCGCUGCCCGAGUCAUGCUUGCUGUACCGCUCGGCGUGCCCCGCGUAUGCGUGCGCGCCCGGCUACGUUCUAUCCGCGCUGGGGUCGCAGUGCAAGUGCACGUCUGCUUCGUGCCUGGACCUGGGCAGCCAUGGGAGCAAUAACCUCGUGAAUUUGACGGUAAAGAUGUCCGGAGUGUCUGGAGGCGCUGUUGCCGGCAUCUCCGUCGCGACGUUCUGUUUAGGUGCACUUUUUGCCGUUGCGGUGUCGCUGAUCGUGCUGGCGCUGAUGAGCCGCGGCGGUGACUGUGCGCCCCACUUUGGGCACCGCGACAAGUCCGUGGUGCCCGACCAGCGACUUCGUCCUGACCUGUAG